CCCAAGGGCCCGAUCUGGGUCCAGCCUCCACCUGGAAGACCCGGGGCCCGUUCUGCCCCCGUGAGCCCUGCUGCGGGGCCCAGCCACUCACCCCUUGCCUGUCCCCCCACGGUCCACCACGAUGUCCGCCGAGGGGCCUCCAGCAGGAUUGGCAGGGCGCCCGGACAAUGGGACAACGUUCCUCGAGCUCCUGCCCACGUCCCUGUCCACCUCGGUGGACCCGUCCCCAGGCCAUCUGUCCAGCGUGUAUGUCUACGUGUCCAUCUUCCUAAGCCUCCUGGCCUUCCUGUUGCUGCUCUUGCUCCUGGCCCUCCAGAGGCUGCGGAAUCUCAUCUCGUCUGGUGCGCCCUGCCCCGAGUUCCCGAGCGAGGUGGGGAGCUCCUUCACCAACCUCGAGGUCACCAGCAUCUCCUCUGGCCACUCCAGCCUCUCCAGCCUCUCGCCCUGAGGACAGGGGGCUAUGCCCGGGACCUCCCGGCAGCUGCCCCUGCGCCCCAGUGCAGGGCUGCGUUCC